AUGAGUGGGCAACAACCAACAACAGAAAUGUUGGAAUCGACACCAAAGAAUGAACAAUCUACAGUGGUCAUACCAUCAAAUCUUACACUCACAACUACAACCAUAACAGGUAAUACUAUAACAAAUACAACAACAACACAACCAACACCACAACAGCAUACUGGAAUUAAAGUUAUAGCACCUAGCACAAUGAAUUUAAAUACAGCAACAACACAACAACAUCAACAACAACAACAGAUUACACCAACAUCAUCAAAUUCAGCUGUUCCAAUAUCGUCAUCUAAUAAUAAUAAUAAUAUAACAGCCACAUCAUCAACAUCAACUACACCAUUGACAGGAUCAGUUAAUACAGCAGUAUCAUCAUCAUCUUCACCAAAUACACCAUCUUCACCAUCUGUUUCAAGACAACAACCAACACCAACACCAACACCAACUACAACAACAACUACAACAACUACAGCAGCAGCAACAACAACAGGAUCAACAACAGCUACUAGUACAACAACACCAUCAUUAUCAGCAUCUAUUACAUUACCACCAAAUUCAUUAACAUCAGGCAAUAAUAUAACCUCAACAUCACAUAUAGAAUACCAAAAUGCAAUGGAAAAUAAGAAAACUUUAAAAAAAAUUAUUAAAUCUUCAAAACAUUGGUCUGAAUCAGUUAAAGCAUAUUGUACUACUGCCUCACAAUUCUCUGAAGAAUUAUUAAAACAUUCAGAACAAUUAUCACCAUCACCAAAAAAAGAAACUCAUUUAAAUGUUGCAUUAUUAUCAUUUGGCCAUACUUUAAAAUCUGUUAAUAGUAUUAAUGAUCAAAUGUUAAAUGAAGUUCAAGAUGUAUUUUAUACACCAUUAAAUAAUUUCGUAGAUUAUGAUUUUGCAGAAGUUGUUGAAUCAAAUAAAAGAGUUACAAAAGCAAAAGAUGAUUAUGAUCAAUCAUUAGGAAAGAUAUCAGCAUCAAUAAAGAAAUCGAAACAAGGUAUUGAUGAGGGUAGAUUAUUCUUGUAUGAACAAGAGUUGGAGAAAUUAAAGGAACAAUAUGAAGGUUCAAAUAAAGAUUUAGAGAUUAAAUUGGCUGAAUUGGAACAUAAAAAUGAAACUAAAUAUUUGAAAUCCUUAAUACUUUUCAUCAAUUCACAAUAUCAUUUCUAUAAUAGAGCCUCAAAGUUAUUUGCAAAUUUAAAACCAAAACUUGAUAAUAUUGAAAAGUAUUUAGAAGAAAUUCAACCUCCAAAAGUUGUCGAAGGUCAUUUAAUGAAAAAAAGUAAACAAGUAAUGGGUGGUUGGAAUAAAUGUUGGUAUGUUUUAAAAGAUGGUAUGUUAUAUUGUUAUAAAGGUAAAAAAGAAUUUCAUCCAGAAAAUGCAUUAAAUAUUUUAUUAUGUUCAGUUAGAGUACCACAAGUUAUAUCAACAUCAUCACCAAUGACACAACAACCACCAACUAAAGAGAAGGAUAUAAAUUUAGGAUCAAAUCAAGAUUUUAGAUUUGAAAUUUUACAUCCAAGAAAGAAACAACCAAUAGUUUUACAAGCAGAGAAUGAGGAGGAAAGAGAUCGUUGGGUACAAGCUAUUCAAGAUGCAAUUUCAAAUUCAUUGAAUUGUCAAAGUGUUGGUAGUGGUUCAUCAUCAGUUAGUUCCUAUCAAUUGGGUAAAUCAUUGAGUCAAAGUACAACCGGAGCAGGUGGGGUGAAUGCCAAUAUUGGUGGUAGUGGUAGUGGUGUUGGUGGUGGCGGUGGUGGUCAAUCGAUUCAGGCAGAUGAGGUGAAUCAACAAGUUUUACGUAUUCUUCAAAAGGUUGGUGGUAAUACAUGUUGUGCCGAUUGUAAUCAACCCGAUCCAGAUUGGGCUUCAAUUAAUUUAGGUAUUAUCAUUUGUAAGGUUUGCAGUGGUGUUCAUCGUAGUUUAGGUACUCAUAUCUCCAAGGUUAGAUCAUUGACCUUGGAUAAAUGGUCACCAGAGAAUAUUCUAUUCAUGAAGGAAGUUGGUAACACAAGAUUCAAUCUAUUGUUUGAACAUCAUGUUUCACCAGAUGUACCAAAACCAAGCCCACAAUCCGAUAGAAUGGCAAAGGAGCAAUGGAUUCGUGCAAAAUAUAAGAAUAAGGAAUUCAUCAUCAAAUCAACACUCUCCAAUGAAGAACUAAGUAAAACUAUGCAAAAGAAUAUUCAUGAUGGUAAAAAGGAUGUAUUAACCUAUUUGAAACUAUUGGCUCAAGGUGCUGAAAUCAAUUAUUCAGGUGGUGACGAUGGUAGAAGUCCAUUACAUCAAUCGAUUUUCAAAUGUGAUGAUGUUUUAAUACCAGAACUUCUCCUUCAAAAUGGUGCUGACAUUACAUUGGUUGAUCCAAGAGGUUGGACUUCAAUGCAUUAUGCCGCCUUUUUCAAUAGACCCAGAUGUGCUAAUCUCCUCAUGAAAAGAGGUUUCGAAUCGGUUAAAACUAAAUAUCGUGAUCAUUUAUCUCGUUUAGCAGUCGAUUUAGCUUCCUUAAAUAGAUCAAAAGAAACUGAGAAAAUCUUAAGAGGUGAAGAAAUUGAUACCGGUUUAAAUAUGGAUAAUAUUGAAAAUAAUACAAUACCUCUAUUUGAACCAACUGUACCAUUAAGUAUUGAUUUCCCUGUUGUCAAUCAAGAGAUUUUAAGUGAUGACGAAGAAGAAGAUCAAAAUAAUAAUAAUGAACCUGAAAUUCAAAGUUGGAGUGAAAAUGAAAGUAGUAUCGGUAGAUCAAGUUUUUCUGAUACAAAUAAUCCAGGGAGUAAUGUCCAACAACAACAACAAGAACAACAACAAGAACAACAAACAAGUAACACCAACCAAAUCCAAACAAUAAAUAAUAAUAAUAAUAAUAAUAAUAAUAAUAAUAAUAAUAAUAAUAAUAAUAAUAAUAAUAAUAAUAAUAAUGUAGUACCAACUUUAACAACAACUCAUGUUUUAAAUUCAAGUAAUAGUAUAAAUAAUUUAAGUAAUAGUUUAGCUAAUAAUGUUAAUAAUUCAGCAAGUAAUAGUAGUAGUAGUUUAGUAAGUUUAACAAAUUAUAGUUCAACAGGUAAUAUUUCAAACUCUUGGGUAACUGGUUCACAACCAAACUCUAGUAACAAUUUAUCUUUAGAUGAUAGUGGUUUUGAGGGUGGUAGUGAAUCAUUAGCUCCACCAACAGCAGCAACAACCUCUGAUAAGAAACAAAAAGUUGAAAAAGAUAAAGAUUAUAAAAACACUAGACCAAAAUCAAAGAGAAGACCUUCAAUCUUGGGAAAAGGUAAAAAUACACUUAGACUAAUGAGAAAUAAAUGGGGUAAAAAAGAAAGUGAUAGUGAAGAUAGUGAAAGUGAAAGUGAAGAAGCUGAAGUUUCCAAAGAAUCUCCACCCCAUCCACCCACCUCCUCUUCAAAUACUACUUUACCACCACAACAAUCAUUGCAAGCUACCUCUGACAAUGUAAAUAAUAAAUCAACCUCUAAUCUUUUAUCAUCUUCAAGAGAUCCAAAUAUAAAAGAUUCUCAAUCAUCAUCAUCAUCACAACAACAACACUCACCUUCAUUACAAUCACAACAACAACAACAAUCAACUCAUACUUCUGAGUCACCGGUUUUAUCAUCAUCAAAACAAAGUCCUGACCAAACAAUUUCACAUACUCAAUCAUCUUCAUCAUUAAUAAAUGAUGAUCAAUCAUCACAAGUUGGUAGUGAGGAGAAAUCACCCUCUAAAAAUAGUAAAGAAGGUUCGCCAACUCCCUUCAAAAUGUUUUUAAAGAAAUUAAAGAUAAACAAAAAGAAAGAUGGUAAUGGUAAUACAGUCUCCACUGCUGGUGAGAAGAGAGAUCCUUCCGUUGAAGACAUUGCAGAGUUGAAUGAUAUUCCAGAUAAUAUUUCAGUUGGUACUAAUGAUGAUUCUCUUGUUUCUGAUGACUCUUCAACUUCAAAUAAUACUGCUAAUAAUAAGAAACCAAAGAAAUCAAAAAAAUCAAAACCACUUGAAAACCAUUCUGAUGCCAAUACAAAUGAAUAA